AUGGAAAAGCUCGGCGUAGUGCAGCUGGAAGGAGCGAGGAAUUGGAGUGUCUGGCGAUUCCAGAUGACCGUGAUUUUGCGGGAUCAAGGAUUGUACAAAAUUGUCUCGAGUCCUAAUGUCAAACAUGGCGGUGCGGCGGAAACUACAAAGACCGGUCAGGCGUCGGCGGAGCCCGAGCAGGCGUCGGUAGAGAAGGAUAUAAAGGCGAUGAGUGCAAUUGUGACAAGAUUGGCGGAACCAGUUCUACAUCACGUAAUUACUUGUCAAACAGCGCACGAAGUGUGGAGUCGGCUACACAGUAUUUAUGAAAAAAAUGGAGAAACUUCACUGAUGCUACAACAACAACGAUUCUUUGCCCUAAAAUUUGAAGAUGACAUGAGUGUCGCGGACUUCAUCUCCAAAGUGCAGGAGCAGCAGCAGACCUUGAAACGACUGGGAGAAGCGGUAACCGACAGGAUGGCUAUGUCGAAGAUCAUCAUGUCACUUCCACUGAAGUAUGCUCACUUUGUUAGUGCUUGGGAAUCGUGUGCAGAAGAAAAACAGACUAUGGACAAUUUAACGGCACGGCUCUUGGUAGAAGAAGAACGGCUUAAUAAUAAGUGUAGUAGUAAGGCAGAAGAAAGUGUAGCAUUGUUUUCUAAAGGUCAAAAAGGUACAAAUAAAGGUAAUUUUAAAUGUUUUUUAUGUCACAAGCCAGGUCAUUUAAAGAAAGAUUGUAAGCUUAAAAAUGUUUGUUUUAAAUGUAACAAGCCAGGUCAUUUUAAGGAUAAAUGUAAAGCUAGUAAAAAUGAUAAGAAAGAUAAAGAAAAUAGUGACAAAGGUAAUAAGAAAACUGAAAGUGCUUUUGUAUCUACAGUGCUAGUUAGUGCAAGUGAUCGAUCAAUAGAUGAAAAAUGGUUAGUAGACAGCGGUGCUAGUCACCAUAUGACAUAUCAGAAGGAAUUAUUUUGUGAAUAUGAAAAAUUAUCUACUCCUAAAGUUAUUAUAGGCGAUGGACGAAAGCUAAAUGCUUUAGGUAUAGGAAAAGUAAAAAUAAUGGCAUUUGAUGGUAGUGUGGUAUGCAAUGGUUUUCAUGUUAGUAUGACAAAUGACAAGUGUGUAUUUUCAAAGAAUAAUAGAGUGUGUGCUAUUGCUAAUAAGGAAUCAUGUUCUAAGCUGUAUGUAAUGGAUUUUAAGUCAGAGUCUUUGCAGGCUAAUGUAGCUAAAGUUAAGUUAAGCGAGUGGCAUGAGAGGAUCUAUUUUCCAGAGAAAAAUGCAGUGGAAAUAGUAAGAGAUGUUACGUUUGUGAAGAAACAUGAUAAACCUGAAAGAGAAGAGCAGGAAGAAAAGUGUAUAUAUUUAGAUAUAGAAGAAAACCUGAACAAUGAAGUAUACCAGUCUGAGUCGGAUACUGAAGGAAGUGUAGAAUUCGAGGAUUGUCAGGUCAAUGACAAUAUGAUGCAAGAAGUGGAAUUUCUAGAAGAGGAAAUUUUAGAGCAUGAAGAAAUUCAAGAAGUAAAUGAAAGUAUGCCAGUAAAUUUAGAAAAUACUAGAAGAACACGCUCUAGAAAAGCACCUAACUGGUUUCAUGACUAUGAAGUUGGUUUUAUAAGUGUGCAUAAUGAACCUAGUACUUUAAAAGAAGCCAUGGAAUGCGAAGACAAAGAAAAUUGGAUAGAAGCUAUGAACAGAGAAAUAACUACAUUGAAAGAAAACAAUACAUGGACUGAAGUAGCAAUGCUGCCCAAGGGGAUAAAGGCAAUAAACAAUAAAUGGGUGUUCAGAAUAAAAGAAAAUCCUAGCCAAGAAAUUCAAUACAAGGCCCGAUUAGUUGCUAGGGGAUUUGAGCAGACUGAUAUGGAUGGUGCAGAAGUUUAUGCCCCCGUUGCGAGUUUGACUACUUUCCGUACAAUGUUAGCUGUGGCAGCCAGAAAGAAACUUCCAGUAUACCAAAUGGAUGUAACAGGAGCCUUUCUUUAUGGUGACAUUGAUGAACAUUUU